AUGGGCAAGUUGACCCUUGGCGAGCAGGACAGGCGGGGGAUUGCGGCCAUCCGCGAGCUACACAGCAACGCGUUUGCGACCUCGCGCAUCGCUGUCAACCGCCGUCUCGGCGACGAAGACGUGCGACUCCGGAGCAUUCUUGCCGAAUUGGAUCCGACGGACGCAUCGACAGUUGAGGCCUGGGAGGAACUCGUGCUGUGCGUAGUGCGAUCCCGCGAACAACGAGCCGAGUCGGAGAGAAGGCGUACCCGUCGAGAGGUGCGCGAACGCGAGCGUGACCGAGUGCGCGAUACCGCAACCUCGGGCGACUUCUGGCGCUUCUCGCAGCAGUCCGGCCAGCCGACUCCACCGCCUCGCCGGUUCUUUGUCGAGCACGAGGUUGAUGAAAUGUAUCCCUCGAGGCGUAACCGUCCUCUGUUCCCGCUACCACGCAGCGUCGAGCUGGACCCCGAGCUUGACCCGGAAGUCGACGGCGGGACGGGGCAGGAGCGUGAUCCCCUCCUCGAUACAUUCGACCCCACGGACUCGCACCUCGUAGAUGUCGCCCGGCCCAUGCCGAUCAUCAAUGCCGAUGAAGAGUGGGCCUUUACCGGGCGACUCGAUGACGACGACCACCCAGUGAUGCGGCCACAUCUGUUUGACUUGUCUCGUUCGUCGCCUUUGCCCGACGCACAGCCCGACGACGCCACUCGUGAUCCACCCACCGUUCUGGACCUGGCAUCCCCCCACCGUUCCCGCCACGGCGUGACGGGCCGCUCGCGCAGCACGUCUCCUCGUGACCACCCCGCCCGCUCGUGGCUGGAAGAGUACACCUCGGCAUCGUCAAACUACGUCGUCUCGCUUGGCCGUCGACGACGCGAGGACGAGUCGGGACCCAGCACGCGCCGCCGACUGCGACACACUGACAUGUUCGACAUUCGCGACCGCGACAGCUUUACCACCAACUCGAGCGGCCGGGACACUCGCCGCGACGGCAUCAUCUUCCCGUCGUCCGUCGACGGGUGGCUGGGCAGUGUUCUCGACCGUGGCAGCGACGACGAGGGACCAGCGCCGGCGCCGGGCCUCGUUCGUACCGUUUCCCUCUCGGCUGUAGGUGGAAGUGACCGCCCAGUUGCGCGUCUCCCCCGCCGUCCGGCUUCCAUGCUUCGCGCCGACUAG